UUCCAGUCUCUGCAAGACCAGCGGUGGUUGGUGUUUAUUUCACCGUUUGGUAUUAUUUACCGUCGUUGCGCUGUUGUAGCCGAACGAGCCGCCAUUGAUAAAACUCCACUCUCCCACAGACAGUCUUCUCCGUUUCCAGCUCGUUAGGGGAAAAAAGAAGAAAGAACGCAAACGAUUCUAGCCGCCUUGGUCGCAGUUCAGCUGAGCUCGCACUCAGGUACCCGGCGAUGGCGACCGGCGCUCCUGGACGGCUCGUCGGCUCGGAGAUUCAUGGAUUCCACACUCUCCAAGAUUUGGAUUUGGUGAACAUAUUGGAGGAAGCGAAAUCGCGAUGGCUUCGUCCUAAUGAGAUUCAUGCCAUCUUGUGUAACCACAAGUACUUCACCAUCUAUGUCAAGCCUGUGGCCUUGCCCAAGAGUGGAACCAUUGUAUUGUUUGAUCGUAAGAUGCUUAGGAACUUCAGAAAAGACGGUCAUAACUGGAAGAAGAAAAAAGAUGGAAAGACUGUUAAAGAAGCUCAUGAACAUUUAAAAGUUGGUAAUGAAGAAAGAAUUCAUGUGUACUAUGCACAUGGCCAGGAUAGUCCAACUUUCGUCCGCCGGUGUUAUUGGCUGCUCGAUAAGACUCUAGAACACAUAGUGCUGGUUCACUAUCGAGAGACCCAGGAGUUGCAGGGCUCUCCCGCCACAACCGUGAAUUCUAAUUCCAGUUCAGUAUCUGACCCAUCUACUCCUUGGCUUUUAGCUGAAGAAUUUGAUUCUGGAGCUGGUCUUGGAUAUUCUGCAGGCGAGAAACAACUUAUAGAUCCUGGUAGUUUACCUGUGAGCGAUCAUCAAUUGAAGCUCCAUGAGCUCAACACACUUGAAUGGGAUGAUCUGGUGGCAGGUGAUCCCAACAAGCUAACAACAUUUGGGAGAGAUGUGAGCUCCUAUCUUGACAAGCAAAAUCAAGUUGCUGUGAAUGGAUCUGCUAUAUAUCCCAAUAGCGUUCAAUCCUCUAAUAUAUCUGAGGAUGUUACCUCUGUAAAUCAAGUCAUUGCCCCAUAUGUCAAUGUUGGCACCGCUUUUACCAGUACUGCAGAUGGUGGUUAUCUUCAGCCUGCUAAUCUCCAAGUAAAUCCGAACACACCAAGCACGGAUCCUCGAGUGAUGAACCCUGAUACUUCACCGAACAUUUUACUAGCUGAUGGUUUGCAAAGUCAGGAUAGUUUUGGAAGGUGGAUUAAUGACAUAAUGGCCAAAUCUGCGGCGUCUCUUGACGAUCAUCUGCUUGAACCUUCUACCUCAUCUGGUGAUGGGUCAUCUGCUUCUCCAUCAAUUGGCGAACAUCAAUAUUCUGUUGAGCACUCAUUUGUUAUAACUGAUAUCUCUCCUUCUUGGGCCUUUUCAACUGAGACAACAAAGAUUCUUGUUACUGGUUAUUUCCAUGAACAGUAUCAGCAUCUGGCAAACUCCAACCUGGUUUGUGUUUGUGGUGAUGAUUUUGUGACUGCUGAGGUAGUUCAGCCCGGGGUAUAUCGCUGUUUCUUAUCUCCUAAUUCCCCUGGAGUAGUGAAUCUCUGUCUCAGUUUGGAUGGUCAUAAACCAGUCAGCCAAGUCCUGAAUUUUGAGUACCGCAAGCCUGCGCAGCAUGUUGAUGAUGUGGUGCCAACCGAUGAAAACUCCAAGUGGGAACAAUUCCAUCUCCAGAUGCGACUCGCUUAUCUGCUCCUAUCUACAUCCAGGACCCUAAACCUGGCAAGCAGUAAAGUAUCCCCAAGUAGCCUGAAGCAAGCUAAGAAGUUCGCCAACAAAACCUCCAACGUUUCUCGUAGUUGGUCAUUUUUGUUCAAGUCGAUAGACGAGAAUAGGAUCUCACUGGUGCAAGCCAAAGACGACAUGUUUGAAAUUUCUUUAAAGAACAUGCUAAAGGAUUGGCUGUUGGAAAGAGUGCUUGAAGGGUGUAAAACCAAUGAAUAUGACGCUGAAGGUCAAGGGAUAAUCCAUUUGUGCGCAAGACUUGGGUAUACUUGGGCCAUUUACUUGUAUUCAUGGUCAGGUUUGUCUAUAGAUUUCCGUGACAAACACGGAUGGACAGCACUUCACUGGGCAGCUUAUUACGGAAGGGAGAAAAUGGUCGCGGUUCUUCUGUCUGCAAAAGCAAAGGCGAACUUGGUCACAGACCCAACUGCAGAUAACCCUGGUGGAUGCACUCCUGCUGAUCUUGCAGCUGCUCAAGGCUACGAAGGCUUGGCAGCUUACCUAUCUGAAAGAGCUCUGGUCACACAUUUUGAGGACAUGUCGAUAGCUGGAAACAUCUGCGGCUCACUACAACCGGUCUCUGCUGAACCCACUAAUGCUGUAAACCUGAGCGAGGAAGAACUGUACCUUAAGGAUACGUUGGCUGCCUACCGCACAGCUGCCGAUGCAGCAGCUCGUAUACAGGCAGCAUUCAGAGAGCAGUCACUGAAGUUGCGCACCGAAGCAGUGGAGAGUUCGGGUACAGAGGCUGAAGCUCGGAGCAUAAUUGCUGCAUUGAAGAUUCAACAUGCUUUUCGCAACUAUGAGACCAAGAAAAAGAUGGCUGCUGCUGUUCGCAUCCAGUACAGGUUUCGCACCUGGAAAAUGCGAAAGGAGUUUCUCAAUAUGCGGCGUCAGGUCAUCAGGAUUCAAGCUGCAUUCCGCGGGUUCCAAGUCAGGAGACAGUACAGGAAGAUCCUGUGGUCAGUUGGAGUGCUCGAAAAGGUAAUCUUAAGGUGGCGUCUGAAGCGAAAAGGCUUCCGCGGACUUAAAAUCGAGCCAGUUGAAUCAAUCGUAGAAGACGGACAGCCAAGUGAUGCAGAGGAGGAAUUCUUCGUAGCUGGUCGUAAACAAGCCGAGGAGCGUGUGGAAAGAGCUGUUGUAACUGUUCAAGCCAUGUUUCGUUCCAAGAAAGCGCAAGCUGAGUACCGAAGGAUGAAACUAGCCUACAAUGAAGCUUCGGCGGAAUACGAUAGUCUUCUCUCUUGCGACAGUGAGAUGGACAAAUGAAAAAAAGGACAACAGCAGCAGAGAACUGAACGACAAAGAACUGAUAAUCUUGGCUAGAUAGAUGAACAUGAGGUGUGAAGAUUGCGGAUUAUCGGUAUCAACUGCUUGAAUCAUUUGCUAACGUAAAUGCAAAGAUUGUCGAUGUCUCGCGACGAGAGAUUUCUUGAAGGAAGACACAACUGAUCUAUUGUAUCUCAUUGAUGGUGCCUCUUCUUCCUCUUCCUAUUGCUCACCAAAAACAAACGGAACUCUACCCAAGAGACGAUGGAGCACUUGUUUUCCCCUUUCCAAAUGCGGCAGUAAAAAAAUUCAGUCACCCCAAAUUAUCUCUUGAUUUGAGCUUGUCCUAUAAGAUUACAUACAGUUCCCACUUUCCAACUGCCUCAAAGCAUGUGUCAAAUGUGACUUGAACAAGAACAGGUCGAUACAUUUUGGUGUCACAAACAUAGCACCAGCUUUCUUGUCCAGCAAGUUUCAGCGAUUGACCUGCAACAGUGAGCUAUAUAGCAAUAGAGGAUGGUUUAUACUGCCAAGUUUUGCUUAAUCCUGCAACCAACCAAUUCAGUUCUACCCAUAACAACAACAAAGAAUUCCAUUCUUCCAAUCUAAUUGUGCCAAAUAACUGCAAAAAUGUCACGAAGAUAAACCCAGAAAAAAAGGGGCAAAGAGAAAGAAAAGAAAAUGAAGAAGGAAGAACCCAUCUAUUAUAUCUGCUGCUUCGUCUCUCUCCCUCUCUCUACUUGAUGUACUGAGAGAGCCACUUGAAGCCAUCCCCAUAACCCAUCUUGCGGACGAUGCUGCACAUGAAGACCUCAAGAGGCCGGACAUUGGAGUCCAUGAGGUUGACCUUCCCCUUGCCAGUUGUGAAACUGGUAAGCCCUAGAUGGUAUCGAAGCUCUUCUUCUGAAGAUGCAUAGGGGAUGUCAAUCUUGUUUCCUAGAAUGAGAAACGGGACAUUGGCCAGUGCUUCGUCCGAUAGGAGUGCGUCCAACUCUUUCUUGGACUCGGCAAACCUUUCCUUGUCAUAGGCAUCCACAAGGUAGACAACUGCAUCCACCUGUUCAUGCAAAGAAGAUUGGCUUUAGUUCCUAUUUUAGCUCUUUCUAGAUAUGGCGUCAAUGCAAGAUAGUGAAAUAACAGAACUCGAGAAGCAUACAGAACAACUAUACACCUCAAACACAGCAUCCAGAACAACUAUAUACCUCCUAACAAGUUUCAUACCAGUUGGAUGAAAAGAAUAAAGAGGAACAGGUUAAGCUCAAGUUUCAGAACAAAUGAAAUGUAUGGAAAUCUACUAUUAGAACAACCUCCCAGAAAGUAUAAAGAGGUGCCAUCAGCGAAAAAAUCCAUGUUCGGUGUCGGCCUCUCAUGAAUCAGAAGAACACAAAAUGAGGUCAUCUGGGAUUAAUGGAGGCCAUUCGGACUAUCAAGCGAUUACAUUCAUCCAAUUAAGACCACAUAACAAUAUAGCCUGUACAAUAAAACUAGUAAGACAACGAUACACAGGAUAGAAAGUCAACAGCAUCCUCAGUAACAGUAUAUAAUACUCCACUCUACACUGAAUCUCAACAGCAUCCCACUUGAAGAACAUGCCGAGAUCCCCAAAAAUUUAUACAUCAUUCCUACCACUAGAAUGCAUCGAUCAACCAACAAAAGCAGGCAAAGCCACUAAGCUCAAUUUCACAGCUUCCAAUCAGCAAAAAAUAAAGCGACCAAACUAGGAGGACAGUACUCACAGGGGCAAUCAAUCAAACAGAUCGCGUGCACUCGCGACCACAAGCCGAUGAAAGCAUCCAAAUUCCAAUUUCACACAACAGAGACAAAAGAAUAACGUAAAGCUACGAACCUUGGUGUAAUAGUCUUUCCAGAUGCGGCGAGCGAUCUGAUGGCCGCCCAAAUCGAAAGCCUUGAACUUGAUCUUCCCAAUACUCAACUCCUCCGAUGUAGGGUGCUGGGUCGGCUGAUGCUGGACUAGUCUCUGCGAUAAAGCGCCGAGCAAAAAAGAAACCAGAUCCCCCGCCAAAAAAAAAAAAACCCCACCACAGAUUAAAUCAAAGAUUCCUUCAAAAUCGAUCGGACCCAGAAAAGAGAAAAACUGAAAUCGAAGGGAAGAAGUAGAAGCGAACCUCGUCUUUCAACAUGUGAAGGAGAGUGGUCUUGCCGGCGUUAUCGAGGCCCAAGAAGAGGAUCUUGGCCUCUUUCUGCCAUAACCCAAGAGAUGCGAGAACUCCAUAGAACCAGUCGAAUAGAAACAUAUCGGCCGGCGCUGACGAAUUGGUUGUUACUCUAGCUGGCUGCUGAUCCAACGGAGUUGUGGAAGGAAUGGGGGGAUUGCGAGGCUCUCGAGUAGAGAGAGAGAACAACCCCAAAGAAAUGGAUCCAAAUGGAGAUGUGGGAGAGAGAAGUGAUG